AUGCUCAGACAGCCAACAAAAAAGAAGUUAGCUGGGAAUAGAUUCUGGAAAACAGUCUUUGUGAAAAUAGCCAAAAUUAAGGAAGGUAUAGCCAUUCAGCUGUUUUAUGAAGAAAAUCAAACAGAACCCUUUCAGGAAUUGCCCCUUCAGCCAUGUUAUGCUUUAUCAAACUUAUCUGUUCAGCAGUACGACCAGUUUGGGAAAAUCCAUACAGUCAAGAUUCAGUAUGUAUUUUACAGAGAAAGAGUUGGUAUCAAGCCAGAGAGAAUUACCCCAUCUUUUGUAAGGAAACCUAAACCUACAAUGAUUCUAGACCAUGCUCCUCAAAUGUCAGAACUGCUCAAAUUUGGAAGUUUGGAUGAAGAUUUAUUGCGGUCAUUUGUGUGGGAAGUGGAGGAUGCAUUUAUGAAACUUGAAUCUUUCCGAGACAAAACACUUUCUUACAACAAAGAUGAAGUGACAGCAGAAGUAUGGGAAGAAUAUGAAGCACACAUUGACAAAUUAGGACAUGUUAAAACUCAUAAAGGCCGUGUAAGACUCUUCUUUAUGGCCUUUGUUACUGGAAUGCCUUGGUGUGAAUUGGGUUUGAAUGACAAACGACGUAAAGGGAGAGAAGUUGUGGGAAGACAUGAUAUCAUUCCAGUGAAAACUGAGGAUUGGAUCAACAUUGAAACUCCAGAGUUUCAUUGCUCUGUAGAUCUUGAUGAAUAUGAAAAAACACACACAAUCAAAUUUCAUCCAUUGGAUGCCUGUCAGUUUGAACUUUGUCGUUUCCGUGUGCGACCUAAAUACAAUCGUGAACUUCCUUUACAAGUAAGGUGCCAGCAGACUUUAAAAGAUCGCCAUUUUGAGAUCCGUUGUGAUAUGUUAGUGACUGGUUAUCAUGCGAAUACGAAAAAACAUGGACAAUUUCCCUGUGAGGAUAUCGAAGUGAGGUUUAAAAUUCCUGAACAAUGGAUUUAUUUAUUCCGAUAUGAAAAACGCUUUGGAUAUGGUUCAUUUAAAGCAUCAGCUCGUAAACCUGGUAAAAUUAAAGGUCUUGAAAGGAUUACUAUGAUUGCUCAAGGUACCAUGACACCAACUCUUAUGGAGGCUUCAUCAGGAACAGCUAAAUAUGAAAAUCUGUAUCAUUCUGUUAUAUGGAGAAUUAGUCGCUUACCAGAGAGGAAUCAAGGUGCAUAUAAAAGUCAUCUCUUUGUGUUACGAUUAGAUCUCGGACCACAUGAUGAUAUCCCAGAAAGCUUUGACGAGUUCUGUCAAGUAAAAUUUACUAUGCCAUCAAGUACUGUAUCCAAAACACAAGUUCGGUCUAUAUCAGUGGACAAUCCUAAUCCUCCAGAGAAAUGGGUACGCUACCUCGCAAAAUAUCAAUAUCAAGUUGAAAUUGACACUCAAAUUGAAUCAGGUUCUGAACAAGGUGCCAGUGAUGAGUGA